UAUUAGCUAUUAACUUUUCAACUUUCACGUUUCAACUAACUUUUCAACUAGACGUGCCGAACAGGGCCACUAGUGACUAGUCAGCACAACAUAUAGUUAUUCCCAACAUCAAUGGAUAAUCACUUUUUGAUAUGAGAAUCAUACUUUACUGCUUGAUUACCCCAUUUGAGAUUUAUUUAUGGAUAGACUUAACAUGGCAAACGCUUUCCAUCAUGGAGACAGGUAGACCAUACCAAUCUAAAAAUAGUUGAAAAAAAAAUUCCAAUUCAUUUAUUUCAUGCAGCUGGUUCGUAAGUAAGAAAGAAUAUAACAUGCAUGUCGAUGGGUGGAAGGAAUCUCCAUGUGAAUUCCUAGGUUCACACUAGAACCAAUUCAAAGAAGAUGUCUAGCUACAAAUUAAGGAGGGAAGAAGGUAGCUAAGGUGAUGAGAGUAGACGGCCAAACAACUGAAUUCAAGAUUCCGGUGGACGCCGGCGAGGUGGUUAAGGCAAACCCGGGGCACAUUUUGGUAGAUUCCGAAGCGGUUAAGAAUUUUGGGUUCCGAGCGAAGCCGUUAGCGGCGGAGCAGGAACUGCAGCCCAAAAGGGUCUACUUUCUAGUGGCGGAGCCGCUGCCGCCGCAGGAGGAGCGUGUGGUGCCGAGGCGGGUCCGGUCGUCGGGGAUCCAUAUGAGCGCCGAGGCCCGGCUCGAGAGCCUAAUGCUGGCUCGUAGCAAGUCGGUGUCGGACAUCUCGUUCAUGAAGUCUCCGGAGAGCGGCGGCGGUGGCGUGCGGCUCAAGUUACGGCUGCCCAAGGCGGAGGUAGAGAAGUUGAUAAAGCAAAGUAAGGAUGGCGGCGGCGGCGAGGUUGCCGAGAAGAUCAUGCGACUUUGCAUGGGUAAUAAUAAUGCUGCCGUGCUAAACAAGUCAACUCGAUCCAGACCUACGGCUCCGAUUCCCGGAAUAAUCAAGAAAGAUCUCAAAUCCAGUCAGAAGCGGGUAGGUUUCAGGGAGAUCCAGCAAGAAGCAGAAGCCUAGCUCCUCUCCUUAGAUAUCUUAAAUAUAAGUUUUUAUGUUAAUAAUUUAAUGAGUUAAUUCUAUUUUUUGUCCUAAAUUUAUAGGUGUCAUUUCACUUUUUUUUUUCCAGAAC